AUUAGUAUUAAAUUAAAUAAUUUUCGUCGAUCCAAAGUCCAAACUCAUACUUUUUCCACACCCAAAAAACCCUUUUAAAUAGACAUGUCCAUUGCACUCGUGAAAGACUUCUCACAUUCUUCCACCAUUUUUUUCCUCCACCAUUUUUUUCCUAUCCUUAUUUCUUCCACAUCUUUCUUUCCUCCUUAUCAUCACAAAUUAAAAAAUAAAAUAAAAUAAGUGCACCCAUAUUUAAUUGAUUUUUAUUUUUUAUUGGCCUUUUAUUAUUAUUUAUGGACAGAGGAUGGGGUCUCGCCCUUGAGAAGUCUGACCGAGUUGGGUUUUUCGGUAACAAGUCGUCGCUUUUUGGGAUUGAUUUGAGUCCGUGUUUGGAUCGUCCGAUCAGUACCAUGUUUCCGGUCAAAUCUGGCGGCGAGGAGAAACCCGCCGCCGCCGACGCGCCUGCCGGAGGAGAGCGCAAGGCGGUUUUGGGCGAGGUGGAUUUUUUCGCGGAGAGGAAGAAGCCUACUGUUGGCGCCGUUGUGAAGAAGGAAAAUAGUAAUAAUUCGGAGGCUGAGGGCUCUAAUGGCCGACAAUCGGAUGUUAACACUGGGUUGCAACUUGUGAUAGCCAACACGGGAAGUGAUCAAUCGACGGUGGAUGAUGAGAUGUCGUGCGAUGCCAAAAAUGAGCUGGCACAGCUUCAAGCUGAGCUCGAAAGAAUGAACGCUGAAAAUCACAAGUUAAGAGGGAUGCUUAGUCAAGUGACCUCCAAUUACUCGGCCCUUCAGAUGCAUCUCCUCACGUUAAUGCAAAACUCAAGAACCGAUAGCCCUCAACAACAAGAGAGAAAAUCUGAAGAGAAGACGGAAGAAAAGGGUAAGUCAAUGGUCCCCAGACAGUUCCUCGAACUUGGACCGAACCAAACAGGAGACGAGCAGUCGAACUCGCUGUCCGAAGAGCGGACUUUGUCUGAAUCUCCUCGAAACCAAGUGGACAACAUCUCAAAGAACAAAAGGGCGGGCCGGGAGGAAAGCCCGGAAUCCGAGGGGUGGGGCCCACAGAAGGCAGCCAAGCUGGCCAAGCCCGUAGAACAACAAUCUGAGGCCACCAUGCGGAAGGCCCGUGUAUCGGUCCGCGCCAGAUCAGAAGCUCCCAUGGUAAAGCAAUACAUCACAUCAAACAUUGUUUUAUGAAUUAAUUAAUGUUUUCAUUCUUAUUAGUUACUCAUUGAUUUGCUUGUGCUUGGAUUUUUAUAUUCAUUUGUUGGGUCGCGUGUAUAGAUUUCGGACGGAUGCCAAUGGAGAAAAUACGGUCAGAAAAUGGCAAAGGGAAAUCCGUGCCCGCGAGCUUAUUACCGGUGUACGAUGGCUGUCGGAUGUCCAGUUCGCAAACAAGUCCAAAGAUGCGCGGAGGAUCGGACUAUCCUAAUCACGACUUACGAGGGGACCCACAACCACCCGUUGCCGCCAGCCGCCAUGGCCAUGGCAUCGACCACCUCAGCCGCCGCCAGCAUGCUCCUCUCCGGCUCGAUGCCGAGUUCAGACAACCUAAUGAACCAUAAUUUCCUUGCAAGAACAAUUCUCCCGUGCUCGUCGGCUGCCAGCAUGGCAACCAUCUCUGCCUCCGCCCCUUUCCCAACCGUAACCCUCGACCUCACCCAAUCACCCAACCCAAUGCACUACCAAAGGCCAACUCCACCGGCGGCGGCCCAAUUCCAAGGCCCAUCACCUUUUGGGCCGGGCCUUUACAACCAGUCCAAGUUCUCGGGCCUUCAAAUGUCGCGUGAUGCUGGCAAUGAGGUGGUUCAGUUGCCACAUCAUCCUCUGACUCAGCUUGCUCCCGACACGCUGAGUGCUGCCACGGCCGCAAUAACGGCCGACCCGAAUUUCACGGCGGCUUUGGCGGCGGCCAUCUCGUCGAUUAUCAGUGGCGGCGGCUACACCCAAAACAACAACCCUAAUCCUCAUCCGAAUAACAGUAACGGUCCCAACAUAAAUUGAUUUAAUAUUCUAUUUAAAUUCAACAGUUCAUUUGUUAUUAGCCUCUUUUUUUUUUCCAUACUUCAAUUAUGGGGUAUAUUGUGGAUUAAAUGACAUGUUCAUAUAGUUGUUUUUUUGUUUUUGUUUUGUUUUUAUGUAAUAGUCGGGGGCAAAGGUGUAGCCAGGACUCAGAGGAUACACAUUCUUUUGUUAUUGUUUUUUCAACUUUCCUAAAUAUUAUCAUAUAUAUGUAUCUACCCGUUUUAAUAUUCGGACAUCCAAUAUUAUGUCUCAAUUACUUUUUUUUACAAGUUACUGAGAUCGACGUUCAUACUUUUUUUUUAUAGAUA